UCUGCUACCAGACCUCCACCUCUGGCCACUGGACCAUCUUCACUUACCCACCAAGAGAAAACUGCAGACUCUGGGACCACUGAAGGCAUGUCUCCCUGUUCUGACUUCUUCCACGGAUCAAGUAUAUAACCGUAUUACAGGGAUCUCAUGCUGAGAAUAGAUAGACAGAAAUACCCGAAGUUCCUUUGGUGACAAUACUAAAGAAGUUAAAAAUGAAAGUAGUCGAGAUUUCACUAAUAUCCGAAUUUUUUUUUUUUUUUUCAAUCUCCAAGGAAAAGCCAACCUUUGCUUAAACCCAAAGAAGGGCUUUUCUUAAUCACAUUUUGUAGUUCUUGGUAAUCAAUAGCUUACCAAACCCUCUUAAUGAAGAAGUUUGUCCUUAGUCCUACUUUUUCUCAAAUACCUACAGGCGUAUGGCAGCUGGCACCUCCGACACUGUGUAAAGGCUCACAUAUCAGUCAGGGAAACGAGGCUGAGGAAAGAAAGGAGCCUUGGGACCACACUGAAAACUCUGAAGAGGAGCCGGUCUCUGUCAGCUCAGGAAGUUGGGACCAGUCACACCAGCCAGUGUUUGAGGAUCAGAAUGUUAAAUGUUUUGGCCACCUAGCUGAGCACACACAGUGUGAGAAGCCACAGGAAAGUACUGGGAGGGAUUGUGCUUCUCUCAAAGCUCCUCAUGGCAGGGGGGAUACAUCUAGGCACUGUUUAUCCACCCCAGUAGAUGCCAAAGGGCUCCAGGUCAUGGGGAGCACUGUGAACUAUUUCUGGGGUAUUCCAUUCUGCCCUGCCGGAGUAGACCCUAACCAGUAUACCAAGGUCAUUCUCUGCCAAUUGGAGGUUUAUCAAAAGAGCCUAAAAAUGGCCCAAAGGCAACUUUUAAAAAAAAAAGUGUUUGGGGAACCAGUGUUACCUAGCCCCCCUUCUCUGAUCCAGAAUGAAUAUGGCCAAAGAGAUCAGGCUAGUGACAGAAAUGAAGGCAUCUCAGAAGAUGGGGGAGAUGAAGACAAAGAGGAAAGGCAGGAGUCUAGGGCAUCUGUCUGGCACUCAAAAACCAAGGAUUUCCAAGAAAACUCAAUUAAAAGCUUGAAACAGAAACUUUUGUUGGAGGAAGAACCAACAACCAGUCAUGGUCAGUCUUUUCAAGGGCUGUUUGUUGAAGAAACCGCUGAAGAAAAAAAUGCUGCACCUGUUUCACAAAGCACUGCUGCUUUGACCAGUAAGAAAAGCUUAGUCCUUAUGCCAGAGAGUUCUGCAGAAGAAAUCACUGUUUGUCCUGAGACACAGCUAAGUUCCCCUGAAACUCUUGACCUUGAGAAAGAAGCAUUUCCAAGUAGCAGAGAGAUCCCGGAUGCAGUAAGAACGAGAGAUGAGGAGGUUGAUAACAGGGACAAUGCUAAGAAGAAGACACCUGCUUCUGCCUUCACAUCUAAUAACCAAGUGUCCUGCCCACUGUGUGACCGCAGCUUCCCACGUUCAAAGAUCGAGCAGCAUGCCAUGUACUGCAAUGGUCUGUUGGAUGAAGACAAAGAUAAUAAUUCACCAGUGUUGACUCGGAGACAAAAAGAAGCCAGGAAGAAGAGUAGCAGCGGGACAGCUGUGCGGACUUCUCUAGAUCUUGACAAGAAUGAGAAGUGUUAUGUCUGCAAAUCCCUGGUCCCAUUCAGAGAGUAUCAAAGUCACGUAGACUCCUGUCUCCAGCUUGCAAUGGGCGACCAAAAAGAUCGGCCUGAAAAGAGUGCGAGAGCGCAUUCACCUGUGGAAGGGAAGCCACAGCUGCAGCUGAGGAACCCAAAGGAAAAAGGCCAAAAUGAAGGCCGACUCCUCACUCUUUUGGAACAGUCUGAGCACAAGACUGCAGAUGCAGAGACGAAUACCAAGUCUUCAGAAACAGGAACCUUGCGGUCGUCCUCCGUCAGGGUGGCAGAGGCAGGCUGCAGUGGAGAGCUGCAGCAUUCCCUCACGCAGCUCGACUUCUCUGAGUCUCCCAUCAAGUCCUUUGUUGCCAUCUCAGAAACCACAGAUUGCUUAGUGGACUUCAAAAAUCAAGUUACCGUCCAGCCAAGUAGUCGGACACGAGCCAAAGCAGGCAGAGGAAAAAGGAGAAAAACCUGAAUUUCUAGGGGUGGGCCGUGUUCGUUAAGCCAUAGCAGCUUCCAGUUCAUUGUUGAGCAAGUUUUGACCCUUCUGUUUUUACCACCAGCACCCACUCGGCAUCCUGGUUUUUAUGUUUUAUAUUAUCUAUACAGACAACUGUGUAUAGUCUUCUGUUUUAUAACAAUCUGUUUGAAUUUACGUAUAAAGAACAGUAUAUUUA